UUGACAAAUCCAUCACAUCGACCAUAUCUUUUUUGACGUGUGCUAAAGGUGGUGUCAGAAAACUUUCCUAAAAUGGUUUUUACUAGUGAUUUUAUUGUUUCCAAAACAAUGCCUCUAUCAAUGUUGAGUUUUAAAUCGAGUGUGUCUUGAACAGUUUUAUUUAUUAACAAAAUAAUUAAUUAUAAGUUUAAUCUUUGCCUUUGUAAUACUAAUAUAGUAUCAAAUCAAAACUUCCAUUCAUUUUUGUUAUAUAUUCUUAAUGUUGGCAAUAAUAUUCGCCUUAUCAGUCUGCUCAAGAUAAAGCACACCUAAGUAUCAAUUUGUUUAGUAUUUCGUAACAACUGCUUCAGUGAUUAUUGUUCACAUUCAAUUCAAAAUAUUAUAAUAAAAAAACCUAUUUCUUCUUGGAGUUUAUAACUAUACCAGACAAGAUGGCUUCCAGUGAUCCAGAACUUAAGGAUGGAUUUACUCUUCCAGUUUGGAUGAAAUCUAAACCAACUAAGGAGUUUGAGCCGUUUUCCUCAUCACCACCGGCACCUGAAGACUCGUUCUUUUACAUUCGCUACCCAAAAACUGACGUUUUGUUCGGAAAGCCGAAGUUCGCUAAGGAUUUUCAGAGCGAUCAGCAAACGGAAGCUACGUACAGCGUCAUCAAGGAUAAGGAUUGGUCGAAGCACACUAAACCUUGCCAGGAUGUUUUGCACGGAAUCAUACCCAUUAAUACUGCAGUAAAAUCCGUAAAGCCGAAACCGGCGGGUAUAGAUGAUGGUUUCAAAGGCGAAGGAGCGGCUUGUGGCAGUUCGGUGGUCAGAGUGGCAAACCAGAUGAUAUCGUCUACGAGGCCACCGCGCGGUUUUGCUGUGGCAACACCUUCAGAGGACUCUCUGGAACCCCCCAGAUCUCUGUUCGGCAGACGAAACAGCAAGAGUCUACCUGCGACACCCGCACACUCUCCCCCCUCCAGCCCUACCGCUCGCCGCAAGAUGAAUUACAACCGCUACUUCACGUCUCCAUUUGAGCCAGUGGAUGACGCCAACAGUCGGUCCUGGCUGACAAUGGCACUUCUCGGUUUCAAGAAAGACAUGAAUGCAUCCACAUCAACACUCGCCGAAGAAGAUGCAUUUGAAAAUAGAUUACACGGUACUCUCGCCGAAUCCGUCGAAAGUCUUGGACCGGCGCCCAAAUCGGAACUGAAAGUACUCUCAAACGAAGCUAAAAGCCCUCAGCCCAAGUCCUUCAAAGCCUCCCCAUCUUCGAUCCUCCCCAAACCUUCGGAACUACGAGAAAUGAACUUCUGGUCGCCGACAUCUAUGUGAAGUAAUACUUUAAAUAUACUCUACCUAAUUAAAUUCUACUUAUAGUUUCGGUUUAUAUAGUGAGCACGUUAUUGUGUAGCUUAUAAUAUGUAAGUUUGUAUGCGUUUAUUCAUGAUGUUAUGUGACUGAUUGUGUACGUUUUGAUUAAAGUUCAACUUAACAUGUAGGACCGAUGGCGAAAAUUUCUCUGCCCGCCAUGUCUCUGUUUAUAUAGUGGGUAGAUAGCAUUAACUGUAAUGGUAUAUCCAGAUAUAUCAGGGUAAGGACGACCCAUGAGGAUUGAGAAAAAAUGCUUGCAAAUAUCAUCAUCAUCAUAACAAAAAAUAGGUUUCUAUUUGUCUGGUCGCAAGUCUUUUACAGGGAUUUCCAAAUUCCACAGUCUUUCAAAAAUUUCCAAAUUCCAAAUUCACUUCUGUCUCACUGACUCGUUACUCGACUCGUUACUCUGUUGUCUGUAAGACAUUUUCCAGUUCUGGAUCAUAUUCCAGAAACUUGGGACCUCAACUUCUAUCGGCUAUCCAAGCUAUAGCCAGAUAGAUUUUCAUCAUCAAUCGAAUGUUUGUGUGAAUGGUCUUUUGUCCACUGCUGAACUUAAGUCCUCUUUCAAUGGGAGGGUCUGCCCAUAAUCACCACGCUGGGCUGGACGGGUUGGUGAUCGCAGUAGACGGUAGUAGUACUACUGAGAAUGCUGCUGUGCAUUCUCAGAUAUAUUUCCUUAGUCGCCUCGUACGAAACCCACGGGUAGAGGGGUGACGGUUACAACUGAAUUCUGAUCUUCCGUCGCCAUACGGCUAACAUAGAUUUGAUUGCACAUAAAUUCACUGAAAAUAAAGCAAAGACUGCUUUUUACAAAAAUUGGUAUGCAAAGGCGGUCUUAUUGCUAAAGAUACCUCCUCCAGUUAACCCUUGGGGAAAGAAAUUCAAGAUUGUAAAGGGUAAUGACACAUGCAAUGCAUACUUACUAUAUGUCCUAUAGUAAGUAUUGCAUAUUUUAAUUAUGCAAUUGCCACUUCGCGUCUCAUUGAGCUCUGCAAGUAACUCUGAGGUAUGAUGUCUGUUAUGAUCAUGCAUGCAGUGGCGUGCAUAGGGGGAAUGCAGAUGAUAUAAAAUGAAGAAAAUCUCCAGUACGAGUUGGAAAUACUUAAGUGUAGGCUUUUUAAAAAACUUACAAUGCCUAUCUUUAAGUUUUUUAUAACUAGUACCGAAGAUUUUCUUCAUUUUAUAUCAUCUGCAUACCCUGUGCAUACCCCCAAUGCAUGCCCCUGCAUGCAUGUAGAGAUAUUGCGUCCUCUCUAACGCCUGCUGCGAGACAAACUUUCUUAUAAAGUCCUGAAUCUAUGUAAGCAACCUCCAACCAAAUCCUUAAUCCUGAUAUAUCUGGAUAUAGCCUAAAAACACGUUACGUUCGGUUAGAAAUUUUACCUGAUGAUUAUUUUGUAGAAUGAAGCAUAAGAGGUUAAAUGCUUUUAAAGCCGAUUCAUGAGUUCUUUAUAUUUUCACAACGUGAUUCGUUCUACAAAGUACGCUCUCAGAUUUUUAGCCACACUUUUCAGUAUUUCUCGUCUCUUAAGUAUGUGUAUGAUGUUUAAUAUAUAAACACUAAAUAUAAGAAUAUAUAUUUGUUUAUUACGUAUCGGAAGGAAAGGAUUAUCUACUGACGUCAUCUCAGGUUUUUAUAUCGCGGAUUGUCGGACAGUGAUUGAUGGUUUCUCAAAUGAUAAUAUAUAUUUGAUUUACGAUUGCAAAGGUUGCGGUCAUUUAUAAAUACAAUGCUCCUAUUCCAUCCACAACAAUGUUUGGGACGAUUGUGUAAGAUUGUUUGUGAAUAUUUAGUUUAUGCAAUUUAAAGUAAAUACGUAUUUCGAUUAAACUUUCCAUUUACCCAAAAGUGACAGACUGUUUAAAGUGUAAUGCAACUUUUAGUGUUACUGAUACUUUAGCUGAUCUGUAACCGCUACGUACUUUCUCUUAACUAAUUAAUAAUCAAUCUAAUCCAAAAUCUUAAGAUAGCAGAUUGAGUUGGGUAGUGCUAUCCUUUUUUUGUUCAUCCGCGAUAAUAGGGAAAGCACUGCUAAUUACAAUCUACCAUUUGAAGACUGCACCAGGUGAUUAUUAACUUUGGGCGAUAUUAAACAAUCCAAGAUGAAAAAAGAAAAGAAUCUAAGAACUCACUCAUGAUUCAUUGAGCCAUACGAUUUACUUACAAUAGCCUCUCUGUUUGUAAAUAAGCCAUAAUUAAUUGGGUUUAAAUUUGCGUAAAACUCGUUAAAUCAAUCAUCGUUUCUCAAUAUACAUUGUUACCAUUUGAAAUGUAUUUAUCACGCGUUUUUAUAGAUAUCUACCGAAUUAUUUUAUUAGUGUGUUUUAACGCGUUAAUAUGGGUAAAGCAUUAGGUGUAACGUGUUGGAAUUCACGAAGGUGAAAGGUUAAACAGAAUUUAUUUGUGCAAGAGAAAAGUAAACGUGCACUAACUGUUGCUGUCUCGUCCUAGCAUAUAUCGUCAAGGCCGCAGUUUAAACAAAUUAACAUCUGAUAAAUACUCUAUAUAUGGUAAUCAUUAACAUAAAGUUUGUGUUUUUUUCAAUAUGAAUAUUGGAAAGGUUUCAUUGUUGCUUGAAAGUCAUAAGCGAAAAAAAAACCUGCGAAUAUAUAUAAGGUAAUAAAAAAUAGAAUAGAAGAUUAAUUUACCUACACAAUUAGAUAUAUUCGAUGACGCGAAGUUUUAAUGAAGAUUUCUUAUAUGUUUUUUUCUUGACGAUCUAGUGAUUUUAAGCAAUAUUCCACUAAUGAUAAGGUUCACAAUACAUUCUAGACUGUAAAUCAUGUAUCAUUUAAUAUAUUGAUUAUAUUAUGAUGAAGUAUAAUAUUUGUCAAUUGUUUUGCAUAUACGAAUUUUAGGGCCUCAGACAAAUAUUUUUGCAGAAUUGGUACAAAUAUGUUAUCAUAAAUCCUGUUAUGUAUGAAGUUAGCUUAUUUAUGGAUUUUUUUUUUUAAAUUACUCCACUCCAGUUUUAGAAACUAAGAUUUUUGUUAAAACGUCAUAGAUAAAUACUGUCUUAAUUUUGUGUAUUGUCAUUAUUAAAUAAUAUUCGUCAAUUUGUGUGUUUACAUACUAUUUAAGUGAUGAUCCAUUUUUUAAACAUAUAAAGUGAAUGAACCAUUGUUUUUUUAUAUACAUGUCCGAUACUUUUAGUAGACUGGUAUCAAACAAAAUGUAUCUCUAAAUUGCUUUAUUUUUUAAUAAUCAGCUUAUUGCCGUCCCACUGCUGGGCAAAGGCUUCAAUCAGAGGAGUGCUGUUUAUGGAGCUUAGCCGCACAACUCUCCUAAAAUGCGGGUUGGCGGGUUUAAAAAAAUAUUAUUACUAUAUAUAUAUAAUAACGUGAUUGAUUUAUUAAUCUCGUACGAAAUGCCGCCUUUUAUCAUUGCUUCAGAUAUAUCUUAUUGAUAAAUAUCAUACCUGAUUUGUUUAUGGAAAAUAUUGGUGAUACUACAAUCAAUUCAAGUUUAAAAAGUUAAGUACUACGAAGUUCAUGGAUUUUGAUUCAAAGUUCAUUAUAAUGAAAUUGCACUAUUUUUAUAGGCUAUGAAGCGGUUUUUAUAUUGUAGCUAUUCUUGUAAACUUAAAUUUAAUAAGUUGAAUUAAGUUUUAAGAUGAUCCGGAAAAUCGCAAGUAAUUAUGUACCUACUUAGUCGAUUUAAAAUGCGUGUGACUUUAUUUAAAAGUUGUCGUUAAGUUUAUUUAGUUUCUUUCGGUAGUCUUGCGGUAGUCUGCUAUCAACUUUAUCGACUUUAUUAACUAAAUUAUUCUAUAAUAUGUAUGUCUUGAAGCAAAUAGGUUUCAUUUUUGUUUAUUUAUUUAUAAACCAUGACUUGAUACUGCAUCUUAAAUGAUAUUUAUAUAUAUUGUAAUUGUUUAUUAUUUUUAUAAUUAAGGUGUUGUCUAUCAUGAGCAGAUGUGAUUCCUUAAAUAAUAACCUUGUAGCAGACUCUUCAUAAUAAAAUUAAAAAUUUACAUUUAAGUAAUUAUAAUAAAUUAAUAUCUCUCACUAG